UCAUCACCAACCAAUCAACCAACCAACAGAAAAAAAUAGCGAUGCUAGAAGACAAAAAUUCCAAUAUACGAGGUCUGUUCGAAAAGUAUCGCGAAUUUUGAAUUUCCGCGGGCUACGUAUAUUCGAUUUUCGAUUUUUUGUGGCGUUAUGUUGGUACUCAUGUCCCUCACUCAUGCUGACAAGUUCGGCCAUUUUGAAUGUUCAGUUAAUUUUUGACAGCUAUUUUGCUUGGACGUGUUUUGGCUCGUCUUCGAUUUUUGCCUAUUUCAAGAAAUGGAUCAAAGAAUAUGUAUCAAAUUUUGUGUGAAAAACAAAAUUAAGUGCGCGGACGCAUUCCGAAUGUUGACUGUGGCAUAUGGUGAAGCUACCUUGAACCAAAGCAACGUUUAUCGGUGGUACAAAACGUUCUCAGAGGGCCGAGAAGAUGUGAACGACGAAGAGCGUGCCGGACGCCCGAGCACGUCAAUAACAGACGAAAACAUUGAUGAAGUGAAGAAAAUAGUAUUGGCCAAUCGUCGAAUCACCGUUAGAGAAGUUGCUGUGGACCUAAACAUAUCGAUUGGCUCGUGCCAUUCGAUUUUUACCAAUGAUUUGGGCAUGAGACGGGUCGCCGCGAAAUUCGUACCAAAAUUGCUCACUUUCGACCAAAAACAGCAUCGCAUUAACACUGCUACGGAGCUGUUGAACUCUGUCCGCGACGACCCAAAUUUGCUCCAGAGGGUCAUAACUGGUGACGAAUAUGGGUUUAUGGUUAUGACGUGGAAACCAAAGCUCAAUCAUUCCAAUGGAAGCUGCCGCACGAGCCAAGACCGAAAAAAGCGCGCCAAGUUCGGUCGAAUGUGAAGGUUUUGCU